UUUUCAAGUUAGCAGCGGAAGUUUGAAAAUAGCAACGUGAUAUCACUCUGUCGUGCUCCAUGCUUGUUUCAGCAACUUAUCAGGAGUAAAACGCUCCUAGAAGGGGGAAAAUAGCCUUUGCUAUAAGCAGUGACUUCAUACGUGACUUGGAUCAUCCACACAACGUAGCAGAAGGUUGCAGGGACUUCCAAAUUUGUUUACUAAGCACAAAGCUAACAACUGGAUUUCUUUAGUAGAGUAUACGUCGGUUUUAUGCUACGUUGUUAUAAACAGAACUUUCCGCUUUCUCUUUUUGACUGAUCUGAUUUAAGAGUGCCUACUCGAUAAGAAUUUGCCCUUCCACAAUGUUGAGUGCGCAACAACACGAGUCAGGGAUGAUGAAGAUGAUGGACGAGCGAUUCGAUUUGCAAAGUUACAAUUCACAGUCGUCAUCUUACAGCUCAUUUUUGAGUGAUCAAGAACCUGGAAGCCACACUGGCGAUAGUUUUAACGGCUUUGAUCAUCAAGAAGCCCAUAGAAUAAACAACGCGGACAAAAGAGAUAUGUUAGAUUACGAACAUGAAUUUGAUAGCGUGGAGAAGAGACUAAAGACUUUCACAAGGUGGCCGCUUGACAGUCCUGUAGAUCCACGUGAUCUAGCGGCGGCAGGAUUCUAUUCUUCGGAGUUUGCUCUGGACGAUCUAGUUGUGUGCUUCAAAUGUGAUCUGCAUCUAAAGCAAUGGAAACCUGGGGAUGAUCCCUGGAAAGAGCACAAACAACGUAAUCCAGAUUGCCCUUUUAUUCGCGAAUGGGAAACUGAAAAUGGUAUUUCAGUAAUCGAUGGCCCAAUUGCACCCUCUUCUAAAUAUCAAAACCUUCCAAGAUAUCAACAUUUGAAUCAUCAAGAAGAACCCCAGUACGGUGAUACAAUAUCAUCAUCUUAUCUUGAUCGUAACGGAGUGCCAUACUCUGAGAGGCCACCAUAUUUUACAGCAGGGGAGUAUAGUUACCCAGAGCAACCUUAUUACCCAGCUAGGGAGCGAGACUUUCUUCGAAGUAAUUCUAACCAGUUUCAACUCCCCGAGCAACAGAGAGAAGGCACUGAAACUAAUAGUCAUUUUUUCGUGCGACAAGGAUCUAGCCAGGUACACAUACUUGGAUCAGGAGUAAAAGUCUAUCAGCUUGACCCUAAAGAUAAAUUAGUUAUUCAUUCUGGAAGCCAAGGCAACCACUUGCAACAGAUUGGAUCAGUGAGGUACCCAGAAGUAAAUCGAUUCCCCUCCAACUUUGGAACAAGUUUUACAGUUCCAAGGGAGCAUAUUCAGCACAGGGUACCAAGAACAGAGGAGCAGACAUCCGGCAGAUAUUAUCCACCUGGAUCAUCAGUUUCUACGAGCAAGAGCGAGCAGUUUGAAAACCAGACUGGAUAUGAGUACUCCAUUGAAGAAAGCUUUCAUGAAGGAAAACAAACUGCUGGGUUUCAGAGAAGUGUCAGCCACAGCAUUGCCCUGCCUCAAGAAGAAAAUGCAAAGUAUGCACUGCAGCGGGAUAGAAGCCAGAGUGAGGGACAACUAAGAUAUAUGAAUACCAUGUAUAAGACAAGUGCACCAAACCAACCACCAUUUUCUCAAAACAUAUCUGGACAGACACCGUACAAACUGCACAGAGCAGAGCAAACAAUUCCUAACGAGGAAGAAUUGAUACAGGAAAAUUGUUCUCGACAGUAUCCUGAGGCAAGGGAAACUGGUCCUCACCGACCCCCUGUGGAGACCAACAAUUGGCAAUCUUCCCAUGGUCCCACUGGUCAAGGAUCAAAACGACCCACCCUAUUUGUUGCCCGUCCUGUAGUGGAUCCAAGCCUGCAGCCCAGACAACAGCCGUUGAUAAGGCAUGAGGAUGCGCGCCAUAUUUCAUCGCCUGCUGACCUUGCAAGCGAGCAUCAUCGUCUCACCACAUUUGUUGAUUGGCCCCAUGACCAUCCAAUCAGACCUUUGGACUUGGCGGCAGCUGGGUUUUACUACCUGGGAAGAGAUGAUUGUGUCAAAUGCUACAGGUGUGGUGUAGGUUUGAAUAACUGGGAGCCCACAGACACCCCAUGGGGCGAGCAUCAAAAGCAUAAUCCUGCAUGUCCACUUGUCUUGGAGUAUUUUUCUGGCCGAUUGUCUCUACGUGAACACCCUGCCCCCAGGCAAAACACAACAACUGAAGAUCGUUUUACAACUCCCCAAGAGUCAUUCCAGUAUCGACAUCCCCGACACAGCCAUGAUCUUCAGGAUCGACAGGUAGUAAUAAUAGUAACAACUACUAUUUCAAAGACGAGCUAUUUUUAGUCUUCCAAGUAGACUAGUCACAUAAAAUGGUCCCUGAAUUUGAAUGAUAAUCCUUACACAUCCAAAGCCUCAUUUAUUUGAAAAACUCCUUUGUUUUCUGAAAUUAAUUCAGGGCCCAAGGUGUGUAAUUAUUGCCAUUCUGAUACUGGGGCCAUUUAUGCAAAAUUUAAUGGUCUGUGAAAUAAAAUCAGUUCUUGUCUUUUAACACCCAGGAAAACUACCGUAAUCAGCCCAUCAAAAUGUUCAGCUUGAAGUAGCGACGAAGAUUGAUUAUUAAGUCACAAGAUAAAGACAUAAAAAAAGUUAGAAAAAAAUAGAGCUUUACUUUACAAUUGGCCAUUUCAGAGUUGCGUAGGGAACUGUGGCAAGUUUCAAAGUUAAACUAAUCGAUAAACUGACACCACCAUAUAAAAGGUCAUGUUGAGAUUGGUUAUUUGACCAAGUUUGAGUGCUCUAAGGUUGAACAGGGAUCAAUCUCUUGAAACAUGGUUAAAGAUCCAUACAAACGUCUGUAAUUUUGUGACAGCAUCCCCCAAAACCAUAUAAACUCUUUAAAUAUUUUUCAGUUUUUCUGUUAAACUUUAAAAUUUGUCAUGUAUCUACUACUUGGAAGGAACUAAUUUGAAAACCACUAUGUUUGCCCAUUUUCAGGAAUAUCACAGAAAUCGUGAAAAACAUAAAGAGUUUAUAUGGUUUUGGCAAAACGUAGGAAAAAAUAGACACCAAAAAAUUUAAGAAAAAUUCAAAACCCAAAACGUUCAAAGCAGGAAAUAAUGUACUUUAUGCUAGCGUUAAUGUAUAUACCACCAAAUUACUAAUUGAGGAUUCUUCAGCCCCCGAAAUGAUCCCGACCUCGAAAUGAUCCCAAACCCUAAAAUGAUCACCAAAUCAACACUGAAAUGACACCAACCCCAAAAUGAUCCCCAUUUCUCUUCACGUCGACCCCGAAUUGAUCCCAAAUUAAUUCUUGGAAUGGAAUGAUAUCCUAGAACUAUGGAUCGAUUAAAAUACACAACAUUAACUUAAGUUUCACUAAUAAUCUUUACUUGCCCACAUUCUUUAAUGACAUUAAUUUGGGAUUACACUUUGAAUUGGAUUGAACGAAAAUUUUAUUUAAUACACAAAGUCUACUAUAUUUUUAGUAACACCAUGAACUGCAACUGACAACAUCAAGAAACAUAACACUUUUUAUUAUUAUUACUUGGGUGAUUAUAGCUCGGGUUGUAGAGAAAACUGCAUGGGUGUUUAAAACACCAUUUUUAAAAUUCAGUAUCCAAGGCAUGCAGUUUACAUCAUUUUUAGAAUUUUUGACUGCAUGCCUUGAAUACUGAAUUUUAAAAGUGGUGUUUUAACACCUUUUAAAAUUUUAAAAUGUUGUUGAAGAUGCAAAAGUAGACAUAAAGGCGAGUAGAUGACAAAAGCGCUAAAAAAUCCCAUAAACCGUAGUGAAAUGUUAAAUGCGAUUCAAGAACGUAAACGCUGCAACAGACUUGUAAUAAUUCCGUGAUGGAAUACCAUUCCUUUCCGAGAAUUAAGUUGGGGCUCAUUUCGUUUUUGGGAUCAUUUCGGGGGCUGUACAGGACACUAUUCUUACGUCUUCUAUCGCGGGAGACUGGACCGCCAUUUUAUGUUAUCAUCCGAGCCACGCGAAGGUGUAGUCGUUUGUUGGGAAAGUACUUUCAUUUCUCAGUUAUUUUAAGACUCUGAAUAAUUGGUUCGGUCCUGGGAAUCGAACCCACGACCUCCCGCUCUGCAGUCAAGCGCUCUACCGACUGAGCUAGUCCUGUCAUGGGAAUACUAAACUCCUUGAAUAAACUUAUCACCCUCAGGUGCCAAUCAGGAGUGGUGAUUUACCUGUUCAUGCCACUUGGGGUAGAUCAGAGUCCUACCCACCUGCUGCGGUUUCUAGAGUUGUGAGGCAACAGAAUCAGCAACACCCGUACUGGACUACGCAGCCUAUGACCACCUCACAAGAGGAGGGUUAUAUGACCAGCAGACGCCAGUCGGGUUCAAGCAACAGCGAAUCUGGUUCAACCCAGAAACAGCGAUCUUGUUCUCCCAGAGGCAGCGCUGCACUGGAAUUUGACAUGGAAAAACUCGCCGAGAUGGGUUUCACGCAACAGCAAGUAAACGAUGCAAUCGAAGAACGAUUAGAAGCGACUGGCUCAACGUUUCCGACCUACACGGAGCUUGUUUCUGCUCUUUUGGAGAAACAAGCUCAGCAACAGCUAAGCCUUCAGACGUGUUCGCAAACAACGCAGCAGAGAUGCGAACCUGCGUCUCCUCCUCCUCCCCGUCUAGCUAUCCCCACAGAUAUCACAAGUUCCCUUUCGAGGGAUAACCACUUCUUCCCGGAGAGGAAUUGUGUUAGUGCCGUGACGUCACCGACCACUACAGCUCCCGACGUAAACAGUCUACGCCGAUCUUUCAGUACACCGGCGCGGAGUCCUUCCGAAUCAGGCGAAGAAUCACUCGAGGAAAAACUGGAAAGAAUGCAGGAGGAACGCCUGUGUAAGAUUUGUAUGGACGCCGAGGUAAGCAUGGUGUUUCGUCCUUGCGGUCAUUUGACUUGCUGCGUGGAUUGUGCUAGCGGGGUAGAGUUAUGCCCCAUGUGUCGAGCGCCUAUACGGGAGAAGUUUCGUACCUAUUUGUCUUGAACACGGUCAUCGCCGCGCAUUCAAGUCCUGUGGCUCCACCAGUCCCACCAGUCCAUUGCUAUAAUAUGAAGAUCACCGGUUCUGGGCUUGGUCAACACUCUUCCGUCACCAGGUCACGUUCGUGUCCAACAUCGGGCAGGGUGAGUCGGUAAUUUUUACCCACUGUUGUGAGAUUUAAACUUUUCUCAAAGGAACAGUAACUGUUGUCACCUCUGAGCCAGCCGUUCCUGAACUAACAAGCUGCGUAUUACUUCUAUUCUUAAUUAUAUUAUUAAGCUCUGUGAAGAAUUCUAGCAGGUCUUUUUUCUCUGUAGUUGGAUGGACAUAAGAUAUUUAUUCCCUUAGUUACACAUAUACACCCAAAAGUUAAAUUAUGACGAAAUGGGUAUUCUUAAGCUGAAAUAAAACUUUUUGUUCCGACUGGGAACGAACUCUUGUCGAAAGAAGUAGAGUGUAGAUGAUCCCAUUUGCUAGUUUUGACAGUUUUUCGUGCCAUAUUCGGCGUGAAGUAGCUGUUUUGUUAAAUGAAGUAGAAACGUAUCGGAAACUGUAGAGUUCGUCUUACAACAAAAUGUAGAAAUAGUUUGACACUUUUGAAGGAUCGCUGAAACGUAAGGGCUUUUACAGAAGAAACGGUAGUUCCUGUUAGGGUGAUAAAAAGGUGGUCACUGGUUAUAUAUAUGGUGAUUUCAAUUAGCGUAAACUGCCCCUAUGCGAUUACAAGCCCCCUUCCAGAUAUAAACCCCCCUCCAAAUUUAUUGAAAUAAAUUCGAUUCAUUAUGACGUUUUGAAGCUUAAUUAAAAACCAUUAAAUGCAACAGGUAUUUUGAUUAGCACUGCUAUUACUCGUUUCGAAGGGCUUUUUCUAUUCCGUUUUUAAGCUCUCUCGGAUACAAGCCACUCCGUUUGUAAGCCGUCUUAAAACCCCUUAUGAAGGUGCAUAAGCCGAGCGCUUUUAAGCGGCAGUUUACGGUAAUUUAUUCUAGAUACUUCUCUUGCGAUUUCACUGUUCUUAUAAAGGUUGAAAGAUCCUUAUAUACAAACUUCAAAAUAACAAGAUAACAAGUUGAUAGAUUAUACUGAUAGAACACUCAUACACCUACCGUGAAAGAGGGUGUGACUUUCAAAUUAUUUCGCUACAACAUCCUCUCGUUAUCUUGCAGAAUUGCUGAAACAUACUCAAAAGUCAAAUAUGUUAUUGUCUAGUAAGGUUAAAACGGUAAUUAUAGUUCAUAGUCUUAAGAAAUAAAACUAAUGUUUUCAAAUAUACAGCAAGUAGACAGAAAGUACAAAUGCUAUUAUUUUACUACAGCAGUUUAUGAUUUCGCAAAUUAGCAAAUAGCUUGCGUGCAGACCUCUCCUAUUUCCUUCAUUGCUUGUGGAAGUCUAUGAAAAUAUAUAGGAGAUAUAUUAGCAACGGAC